UAAUAGUAAAACAUGACGUCAGCAGCUGGGAGAAGAGUGAAACCAGAGCUGGGAGAGAGAAAAGGGUGAUACUGGAGGAGGCAGAGGGAGCUGACACUUCUUCCAACGGGAGGAUCCAGCCUGGUACAGCAUACUGGAGGAGGGGGAGAGGAGCAACAGACUGCCAGAGACUGGGACAAGAGACAGCCAGAACCAAGGGACAGCCAGAGCCUGAACCAAGAGACUGCCAGAGCCUGAACCAAGGGACAGCUACUGCUUGAUCCAGGGGACAGCUGGAGCUUGAUCUAAGGGACAUCUAAAGCUUGAGCUAAAAGACAUCUAAAGCUAAGGGACAUCUUGAGCUAAGAGACAUCUAAAGCUGGAGCUAAGGGACAUCUAGAGCUUUAGCUAAGAGACAUCUAGAGCUAAGAGACAUCUAAAGCUGGAGCUAAGAGACAUCUAGAGCUUGAACCAAGAGGCAUCUAGAUCUUGAGCCAAAAGACCACCAGAGCUUGACCCACGAGACAUCUGGAUCCAUCCCUUGCAGGAUGCAGGGACCUCUCUUUCUACUGCUCCUGGGGCCUCUCUAUACAGUCAUACAGGCCCAGGAAAUCUCCGUCAAUGACAUGAAAACCGGUAUCAUUGGCCAGGAAAUCGAUUUGCCAUGUACUAUCAGCAGCAACGAUCCCAACGUCCACGUCAGCCAGAUAAUGUGGGAAAAAGAUGGCGACCACAAAAGAAUAGCUGUUUACAGUCCUCAACAUGGAACUCAUAUAGAUGACCCAAACACUUAUCAGCUGAUUAAGCCGUCGCAAAGCAGCGCAACGCUCCGCAUUUCAUCAGUCAGUGCCAAUAAUGAAGGAGAAUAUUCUUGUGAAGUAACCCUCUUUCCUUCUGGUAACCGCAAGGCCACGACAAGACUGGCUGUCAUAGCUGUGCCGGAAAAUUCUGCUGAGGCCAACACUGAGGCUACAGCAAAUGGUGAAGCACAAACUGUAGCCACCUGCAGAUCGUCCAGUGGGAGACCCCCGUCCCUCAUCACAUGGCAAACAAGUCUCCCUGGCAACGUUACCACCAUCAUGACCAAUAACACAGAUGGAACAUACACAGUUGUUAGCCGAUAUGUACUGACGCCAACGUCGCAAGCUGACGGGAUGCCCAUCACAUGUAACAUCAACCACGAGUCAACAAUGAUUCCUAUACCUUUGAAGCUGUCUGUGAAGUAUCCCCCUGAGGUUACGGUUGAAGGAUUUGAUGAUAACUGGCAUUUAAAACGUAAUGGCGUCUUUCUAACAUGCAGUGCUAAAGGCAAUCCCCCUCCUACAUCGUAUAAAUGGAAAACAUUCGAUGAUUCCCCUUUUCCAUCCACUGUCCGGGUAAAGGAAAAUAUUUUGUAUGUGGACGAAGUGGACGAGAGAGUAAACCGUUCAUUUUUGUGCGAGGUCACCAAUGCUCUUGGGAGCAGAGCCUACCGCCAGGAUGUCAUUGUGAGAGAAAAGCCAAACCCCUCCGGAGCCGGAGCCACCGGCGGUAUCAUUGGAGGAAUCAUUGCCGCCAUUGUGGGCAUAGCUGUGGUGGCGACCGUGAUCCUGAUCUGCCGACAGCAGAAAAAAAAUCAGACUGCCAAAGACGACGAGGAGUUUGAAGGGCCUCCAGCAUACAAACCCCCUCCUCCCUCCCUAAAGCUGCAAAUUGAGAAGUCCGCAGAAGAAGUGCCACUGAAGCCUCUACAUCCACCAUCAGAGACUACAGAUAGCCAAGACAUGGAAUUAAAUGGGAAGACACCCCCGAAAUAUCAGAUGACCCCAGAAUCUCGGCGCUAUUCAGAUUUCCAGAACGAUUACCUAGAACAGGAGAACCCCAUCUACAACGAAUUCCAACCCCCAGAAAACGCAUCUCCCCGGGAUGAGCAAGGAUUUGUGAUGUCACCAGCCGUCUACGUCUGAAGAACACAACGAUUGCCUUGUCUACUCUGAGGAUCUUUAAUAUGCUCUGUGCUGGGAGACAUAAGUGUGUACAUACCUUUACUUCUGGAGGUUACUGGUAUACAUAGACUCUGUGGUGUGGACUCUAUUGCACUAAGAUGGAGUAUAGUGCUGUUUAAGCAUUAUGAGCAGGACUCUGUAACAUUAAAGUCAUGUAUUGUAUCAUCAAGCAUACACAAGCUAGUAUGCAUGAAAAUAUGUGCCAUAUGGGUUGAUAUAGACAUUGCACACUGCAAAGGGAGUACUGGGAGGUAAGGGAGUUUUACAUGGACAGGGGCCACAUUCAGAAGGCCUUACGGUGAAAAGCGUUUGACGGAAGAGCAGUUUGCCCCUAUCAGCCAAUCACAUUCCCCCUUUCAUGUUUAAAGGGAAACCAUUUUUUUUUUUAUUUCUAAAAUGUGAACAUGAUCAGCCUAAUGUAAAUAAUCUUAUUGUGUCCUAAAGCUUGAAAAACGUGUUUCUUUGUAUAGUUUUUAAAUCUAUUUCUGCAUGGGGCUGCUAUAUUGGCCCAUAACAUUUGCCAGACCUCCGUCCUACUAAGUAGUGAUGUGAAAACACUUGGGGGUUUAUCUAGGAAAAAUUCUCAGCAAAACCCAGCCAUUGUGAAUAAUAAUCCCCGUAAUGAUAUUAAUAUAUUUAUUUUCUUAUCAUUGUUUGCUCCAUCCAGUGGCCAUAACGUGGUUCUUUCCCAAAGUGCAAAAUUUAGGAAAAUACCAAAUUUUGGCCACUAGAUGGAGCUAGUGAUGAUAGAAAAUUAGACAUUACUGGGAUUAUUGGUGAUGACUGUAUGAAUUCUGAGACGUUCACAUAGCAUUUUAUGUAAAAAUUUAUUCCUUUGUCUCCGAUCUAAGAGAAUGUCCAACCUGGUGUUUUCCAGUCCGAUAAAUGAUUAUAUUUCGGUAAGCUGUCCUACUUGGAGGAAGAAUCUGUUUGUCCGGGAUUGGCUUUUGCUGUUGUCAUCUGAUCUGAAACAGAUUUUUAAAGUGCAUGUAGCAUCAGAUAUAUUUUUCAUGUCAAGUGCAUGCAUGCUAUGUCAUGUGUAUGUGUAACACCUACCUCAUCCAGGGUCGGCAUCUACUUCCUGGGCCGAGAUGACAGCUUAGAGAUAACGCAAUCAUGUAAAUCCUGGUGCCUGUGCAGUUCUUAUGUGUUCACAAAAAAGAGACAGAUGAGCCCAUGUAGGGUUGCAGUCUCUGAUCAUUGGGGAAGAAGAGACUGGGGAAAUGCCUGCAGCAGACUGAUUAACAUAAUCAAUACAGUGAAUUACUUAUUACUACUGACAAGGACUACUUUUUAAUGAUAAAGGUACAGCUUUUUUAAAAAAAAAAAUGUAUACCGCUGCUAUAUCUUGUGAUAUGUAAGGAAUUUGUAAAUGUACAAAUCUGUAAAUUACAGAAAGGUCAGUUUUAAUCAAGGUUACUGGAGUUGAAUUCAGACCCCCCUCUUUAAAAUCUGCAUAUUACAUAGUAAUUGAAAUAUGGAACAUCAAACAUACAUCAAAAUGUACUUUUUAAACGAAUAGUUUGAACUGUGUGCAAAAUAGAAUAUGGUUUUCUUUUAAAUGAGUAUUAUGGAGAAUUUGAAAGGCUGCUGUAGGCAACAAGAAGAGCUUUUCUUCUGACACUUUGGAUCACUGGGCCCAGAAUGUUUUGAUAUAUCGUUCUUUGGUAUAUGGGUUUUUGCAUGUAGCGGGAUGGUGAAUGUGCAGUGUAUGUGUGGCUAUGACUGUGGACUGUAUGUGCGUAACUGUAUAUAUAUAUUUUAUUUUUUUUGGUGCAAAUCUUGUACUACAACUGUGAUUACAUAUCAAGCCUGUGUCCUUCCUUUUAAUUUUCGUGGUCUAUUUUUGAUAAAUCAUUAAAAUCAUUUUAUAGUAUUAAA